GCUCGAUGUUUCUAACCGCCUCGCUCGUCGCAGCCGGGAGAGUGAGACGGUAGUGCACGUUUUUACGUUUGCUCGUCAGCUCCGUUGAUCAAGCAUACCACAGUCCGCGAUAUAGAAAUCGGAGUAAACGCGGAGUUUUACGAGCCGGCGGUCUGUUCUUCUGGUAUUCGUCUCGUUUCUCGUUUCUCGUUCGUUCUCCCCCGACGAAUCCGCGGUGUCAUUGUUCUUGUUGUUUACCCAAGUCCGAGAGAUAGACGCGGCUCUAACUCUUGGACAUCUCGCUCGACCGGUUCAAACGAUAGUUUAGUCGUCGUUGUGAGAGAGCAGCGGGAACCACGUUACGAGCGGACGUGCGGAAAAGCCGGGAAGCUACUAAAUCUAAGGGCUCGUCCCUCGCCAGAAGACACGGAGGGACAGAGACGAGUAAGGGGAGAGUUCAAGGCAGUUGAAUAGACAACAGAGACAAAAGAGACGCUAGAGGAAGCCGGGAGAGAGAAAGAAGCGAAGGUGGGGCGAAGUGGCAUGAUAGACAAGGACUCGAGUGUUCCACGAAAUUCUGGUGACCAAGUGGACGACAGUGAAGCGCGCGGGAGCCAGGGAACCGAUAGAAAGUAUCGACGGGUUUGUCGACAACGAAUGUCGGAAUGACGCGUCGAUCAAGCCGUGACUGGGCCGAGGGAGCACGGGUUUCGUCGAACAGGAAAAAGUGAUAUACGUCGUGGUCCGAGUUGGAGAGGAGGAGAGGAGCUCGUUGGAGAAGGGAGCGGAAGGAAGAAGGAAGAAUUAACUGGAGAUCGUCGAUCUUCUCAGAAGCGAUCGCGGGCUCAUUGUCUCGUCAGUCUGCAGCAGCGGCAGCGGCGGAUAACGUCCUCUCGUCGCUAUCAGGAUGUCACUACUAUGAGAUCCAUCGUGCCGACGGUAGAUCCGACGUUUCCUUACACCUGACAGAAACACAAGAAACAUACCUCUUCUAACGUAACAUUAACGUACACGUUGUCGAUACUUAGAGAACCAGUACUCGGAAGAAUUAACAUAAAUGAAAAAAAGGAAAGAAUUGCACGAACUAGAGAGAAACUAAGGGAAAGAAAAAAACUUGAUAAAGCAACUACGAGACUACCAAAGAAAUUUCACACGGGAACGCAUCAAAUCCUUUAAAAUACACACGGUGACCACUCAUUUCACCCUGAGCGGUGAUCCUUGUAAUCGUGAGAUUGCUGCUCGCGUUUGGUUGACGUAACAACAUCGAGCGAGGACAGCCAGCAACUGUGGGUGGUGCGUCGAAGCAAAAGAAGGAGAAGAAGAAGGCGAAGAAGACGAAGAAGAAGAAGAAGAAGAAGAAGAAAAAGAAAAAAAGAAUAGAGAGAGAGAGAGAGGUGCGCGGUGAAACGCGACGAGAGGGUGAAGUGAAGGUGUCCCCGUGGGGUGCCAGAGUGAGCACGAUAGCACCUCUGGUGCCCUCGGCCGUGGGUCCCGAGGGGACGGACGCCAUGGCGGCCUCUUCGUCCUCGUCGAGCGGCGAGCAACAGUACUCACUCAGGUGGAACGACUUCCACUCGAGCAUCCUCAGUUCAUUUCGUCAUCUGAGGGACGUGGAGGAUUUCGUGGACGUGACCCUGGCAUGCGAAAGUAACAGCUUCACCGCGCACAAGGUAGUUCUCUCAGCUUGCAGCCCUUACUUCCGGCAGCUCCUCAAGGCGAAUCCGUGUCAGCACCCGAUCGUGAUCCUAAGGGACGUUGCCUCGUCGGACAUGGAGUCGUUGCUGCGUUUCAUGUACCACGGCGAGGUUCACGUGGGACAGGAGCAGCUAGCCGCUUUUCUCAAGACAGCUCAGAUGCUUCAGGUUCGGGGGUUGGCCGACGUGAACAGCGGCGCCGCCACUGCGAAGAUUCCGCCGUCCACAUCCUCCGGUGGAAACAACGGUAGUGCACCGGCGACGCCACGCAAUCCGUGGCAAGACAAUGGCAGGGGAGAGUUGAACGAGGGUGCUCUGAGUCCACCUCCAGAGAAGAGACCAAGAAGCUACAGUCCUCCUUUGGGUAACCACGUGGAACAGAAAACUGACCUACAGGACUCGCUUUUGGGCCAGGCUCUGGAAGGAGGACCCACGAUACACACUACACCCACGAACAAUGUACAGACGCAGUCUACCGGCGAGGACUCGAACUCGAUGUCGGAAAACGAAGAGGAGAUGUCGAAUAACGACAGUAUCCUGAAUUCGGUGAAAACGGAGCCGAGCGAUAUCCUAAACGACAAUAUAGAGCAUCAUCGUAACUCGUUCCCGACGAUCUUGGGAUUGCCAGGACUAAUACCAGGACCAUCCGGGAUCCACGCGGCGAAUCAGGAUCCGAACUACGUCCGCCGUACACCGUUGGACAUGAUGCGGGUCCGCGCCACGGAUCCACGCCCGUGCCCGAAGUGUGGCAAGAUCUAUCGAUCUGCCCACACGUUGCGAACCCACCUGGAAGACAAGCACACGAUCUGUCCUGGUUACCGUUGCGUGCUCUGCGGAACCGUGGCCAAAUCCAGAAACUCUCUGCAUUCACACAUGUCUCGGCAGCAUCGUGGAAUCAGCACCAAGGACCUGCCGGUGUUGCCGAUGCCGAGCCCGUUCGACCCUGAACUGGCCUCGCGUCUCCUGGCGAAGGCGGGCGUCAAGGUGAGUCCCGCGGAGUUGCGUGCACGCGCCAGUCCGACGGGGCCGAGGAGAGGCGACAUGAGGCUGGAGAUACCACGGGGUGGCGCGCCAUCCGAGGCUGGCAGCAGCAUCUGCGGUGGAGACGACCCGGAGGAUUUAACUCUGCCACUGAGUCUCAGGUACGGGUCACCGACGCCCAACAACAACACCGUCAUCACGAAAGUGAGCGGCUGCGGCGGCAGCAGCAGCAACAACAGCAGCAGCAGCACCAAGAAUUCCACGGCGACGGCGAUAGCGGUCAAGUCCAUGGACACGAUGCACGGUAGCCGCGAGCCGAACACGGCGCCUCUCCAUCCGCCCGGACAUCUUCAUCCAGGCCAUCAUAACGCGAGCGCUACGGGAUCGGCGAUCCUCGACACGUAUCUGCAGUUCAUCGCGGAGAAUUCCGGAUUGGCGACGAUGGGUCUGAGCCCCGAGCAAGCUGCCGCGGUUGCGGCUGCACACGCGGCCAAAAUGGCACAUAUGACCAGCAUGGAUAAGUUGGGCGGUCGCGGGAUCGAAGAUUAUCCGAUGAUCGGCCGGGACGAGGGUCGAGGCCCAGGAGUAGUGCACGAGGAUCGACAGGAGCUGCAGGACAGGCACGUCGGACUCUUGGAGGAAGGCGAAUCGUCCGGCGGCGAAGACGACGACUUCAGCGAGAACGAUGAGCCAGAGAUCGUUAAAGCUGAAUAGCUGACGCGCACUCGCUCGUUAGGAUCUGUCUGAAGUGCCAGAAUUGGUGACAGAUUCAUGCAUUUCGAGAGACAGAGAGACAGAGAGAGAGAGAGAGAGAGAAAGAGAGAGAGGUGUGUGUCUUCGGAUCCAAUCUCGGAUUCGGUCACCUGCUCUCCUUUCGUUCGCAGUCAAAUCCAUCCACUACCUCAGUAGAGACUUACCCCUGUUUCCUUUUCGUUGCGGGAGAUAGCAUUCUUUUGUGUUUUUUUCUUUUUUUUGUCUGUCCAAAGAAAGGAGAAGAAAGGAGAUGGGAAAAAGACGAAGUCAUUGCCAUUGAUGGUUCGUACAUGUACGUACGUACGUACGUACGCAUAUAACGGCCGAUUUCUGGAUCGAAGAAUGAAUGAAUUUCUCCCUCGCUGCAGACCGAGAAGGAAACGAAGCUUUACGUUGCUUGCCUACAACACACAUAUACUCUUCUCACACACACACACACGUAGCCACGUGUAUAUGCGCGUUAUAUACGGUUUUUUACCCCGUUAUAAAAUAUUCCAUCUGUCUACCUCAGUGAACACGAUAAACGAUAAGUGAUAGGACAGACCAAGAUGAAUCUCACGAACGAUAAAGUCGGAGAGAAAAACAGAGAGAAAGAGCGAGAGAGAGAGAAGAAACAAUACACGGUGAGACGAUUAGAGACAAAGAGAUCUAUCGCCGUUGCUAUUCACGAUUUCAAGCGCUUUACGAUGAACGAUCAAACGAAAGGGCUAUAAGAAAUAUCGCGAUGGAGAAGUUGGUCGCAGUUUUAACGACCGCGUUUCAAUAGAAUCGAUCGUCACAGGCAAGAAGUAUGGAGUGCGUGCGAAAUGAGAAGCCUGGCGACAGCCAGGGAAUCUGUUUUGAUUCUUUUUUUAUUUUCUAAAGAUUUAAGACAAAAAAGAGAGAGAGAGAGAGAAAAGGAGGAACGGUGACCGUCGCGUGCACGCGACUCCCGAGAAGAUAUUAUUAUUAUUAUUAUAUUAUAUUAUAUUAUAUUAUUAUUAUUAUAUAUAAAUGUUGAGGAAAUAUAUAUAUAUUAGAUUUAUAGAGAAGUUAGUGUACCGCGACGCGUGCGUACGUACCCGGAUGCACGCGUGAGGAAAGAAAUAAUAAUAAUAAUAAUAUUAAUAAUAAUAAUGAUUAGAGAGAGAGAGAGAGAGAGAGAGAGAGAGAGAGAGAGAGAGAGAGAGCGAGCAUUACAGAAAUAAGUAGAGUGGAUGCGUGUAGCGCUAGGGUUAGCACCCCCUGUAUUUUUUAGAGGCGUUGACCUUCCGUACACUCACAGACGUAUACACGCUUUGCAUACAUUGAACAACACUCUUGCUACACUCUUCUCAUGUAUUAUUCAUAAGCAUACACUGACACAUACGUAUACGUAAUACGUACACGACAAAAUGUCGUGAUGCGUUGGCGCGCGAAUCGAAAAGAUUACGCGCCGAUUGAGAGUCGUCUUAGAAGCGCGACCAUUAUCACGAUUGUUAAUUGUCUACUGUUUUAUCGUAAGGAAUGUAAAAACAGAACGGAGGUGGGUAAUUAAUCAUCGUGUCGAUUGGCGAAUGAGAUGUCUUAAUGUUGCUUAGCUUUCCAUUGACAGUCGAGGGAGGAGCGCAUAACAUUGUUAGGGGAACGUAUAAAUAGCGCUCAGGAUUAGAAUAUUAAACUUCCAGGCAGGCAAAGGACGAGAUUCUUCUUGUUUGGUGCACGAAACGACGUGUUCCACUCGUUUUUUUUUUUUUUUUUGGCAUUGAAAUUAGUCCAGGUGGCGCACGAACUAGGAAAAAGACGAGAGAAGAGAAUCUUUAACAGUCGAGAACAAACGGUCCCUUCUUGUCGUUCCUUUCGUCGUCCGAAGCUCUCCUCCCCCUUUUUCGUUCUUUUAUUCGAUCGAAAUCAAUCGAGCUGGAAACAGAAAAUCCAUCCUUUAGGGCUUGCCAUGACCUUCAUAGUACUUAAGUUCUUCUUUUUCGGCUUGGAUGAUCUUCUUGUCUCCUCUCUUCGAGGGAAACGACACGAUACCUUCACCCGCGAACGAGAUCUUUUCAUAGACGAUUAGUUGCUCGUGUAUAUUUUCAUUUUUUUUUCUUUUUCUUUUUCUUUUCUUUUUUCUGCCCCAAAAGAGGAAUAACGAGAGACAGAGAGAGAAGAGAAGAGAAGAGAAGAGAAGAGAAGAGAUAGAAAAGAUAGAAGAAUUUACGACUCAAAAGAAACGAUAGAGUCACGAGCGGAACGAGAAUCACGAGCGAUCUUUUUUUUCACUUUCGUGUUGCUCUUCCUGUCAGCAUUCCUUCAAGUCUGUUUCCGCAUUCUUGAACGUAUCAUUAGUUCUGACGCAUUUCGAUCGAACUAUUCGACGCACUAUUUAUUUAUAAAUCGGUCAAUGUUUCUUUUUUUUUCAAAGAUUUUUCAUCUCGCGGUGAGGUAUAUAUAUAGAUUUUGUUUUUAAUAUCACUGUACUUUCGUCGCGAAUUUACUACCCGUAAAUUUUACAAACGUGAUUCUCGUUCGCUGAAUGACAAUUAGAGUAAAAAAAAGAGGGUAACAAGAAAAUUAGAGCGUGAAGAUACAGUUUCGAGUUUCGAAUUCGUAGGUCGCAACUGUCGCUCGAAGAGUAAUGUUAAAAUGGUUCCUACUAAUUGAGUACAUACACGAGCUACUUUAAUUUACGGUAUACCUAAAGAUACAUAUAAAUAAAAAAAAAAAUAUAUAUAUAUAUAUAUAUAUAUUUACGCAUACAUACGUAUAAUAAGAUACGCCUAGAAGAAAGAGAAACUUAGCAAUACGUAGUGGCGCAUCGCGGUUUGAACGUAUCGAUUUCUUUACUAUAAUAACUAUUAUCUUGUCUUUUCUUUCCGGUUCUAUCUCUUUUUCGUUCCGGUUGUAUUUUUUUUUCCUUUUUUUUUCGCUUGAAUGUGCAUGGAAAAAGAAGAAUGAUAGCGAGCAAACGAGAGAAUCGAUUGUGGCUGAACGAUUUACCGAGGAACUCUUUUUUUCACUUAUUUUAUUUCUUUUUUUUUAAUUUUUAUUUUUUGCCUAGGUUUAGUAGGUUGUACACAAUACUCGAAGUAUACUAACCUUUCCUUAGCAUGUAAGAUCAUUUUAUCCAUGAAACACAGGGACUUUCUCAGCGACUUUUCUAGGCCACUGGUUAUACAAAUGUGCGUUUACGUUCACGAACGUAAACUGUGUGUCUCUGCGUAAGACGAUACGUCCGUAAAGAAAAGAAAAAAAAAGCGAAAACGUUACGUAGAUUCCAGAAAUUCAAAAAAGGAAAAAAAAAAAGAAUAAAGAAAAAAAGAAAAAAAAAGAAAAAAGAAAAAAAAAGAAAAAAAAAUAGAAGUAAACGGGAGAUACAAAUAAAAAAAAAAAUUCAUCGGCGAUCGACGCGUGGAUCGUGCGCGAGACGCGAGCAAACCCUUUAACGAGCAGCGUCAACUCCCAUCGCUUCCGUUGCAAACUCUCGAGACUCAUUUAUUAUUU